GGCCGCGCAGAGAGAUUUCCGGAUGUGUUGAAGUGGUCGAGAGCUUCUGUCCCGGGUACGAGGCUUCAGCAGAGUCGGUCCUGCGAUAACACCGUAAACCCCUGCGGAACUACAAGCCGCCAGCAGGAUGAAUGGACAGCUGGACCUGAGUGGGAAGCUGAUCAUUAAAGCUCAGCUGGGUGAGGACAUCCGUAGGAUCCCCAUCCACAAUGAAGACAUCACCUACGAUGAGCUCCUUCUGAUGAUGCAGCGUGUCUUCCGUGGCCAAUUACAGAGCAGCGAUGAGGUCACCAUCAAAUACAAGGAUGAAGACAAUGAUCUCAUCACCAUCUUUGACAGCUCUGAUCUGUCCUUUGCCAUUCAGUGCAGCAGAAUACUCAGGCUCACUCUGUUUGUGAAUGGGCAGCCACAGCCAUUGGAGUCAUCUCAGGUGAAGUAUCUGCGUAAAGAGCUGAUCGAUUUGAGGAACAAAGUUAACAGUCUACUGGACAGCCUAGAGCCCCCGAUUGAACCAAUACCAGCUAGUACUAACACAGAGACAGAGUGUGUAGAGGCUGUAGACUCUACAGUGAAGCAGGCUCCUCCCGUCAGUGCUGCCAGUAUGUCUGCGUUUGACCCUCUGAAGAACCAGGAGGAGGUCAGCAAGAACGUCAUUUCAGCCUUUGGUUUGUCUGAGGACCAGGCCACAGCAGCCCCAGCUGUAGCCCCAGUGGAGGAGCGCUCUGGCACACCUGACAGUAGUACCUCCUCUUCCUCAGCUGCUCCUCAACCUGCUGUGGCUGCCCCAGCCCCCCCACCAUAUUCAGGGGUCCAGCAAGCCCCUAGCACCACUAUGGAUGGUCAGAUGUAUCAGCAGUACCAGGCUCCAGGUGGUUAUCCUCCGCAGCAGCCUGCUGCCCCUCAGCAGCAGUAUGGCAUGCAGUACCCUGCUGGUUACACUCCUCAGCCCGGUGCUCCUCAGGCCCCGCCCCCUGGAACCACUCCCCAGUUCCAGAAUUAUCCUGCCGCAACUUCUCAGGCUCCCACCCCUGGCUCCGCCCCUGGAUUCACUGGCCAAUCACAGCCUCCACCUCAGGGGCAAUAUCCACCAGGGGGGUUCCCACAAAAUUACACUUCCCAAGCCUCUCAGCAGCCAGCCAAUUACAGUCUGCCACCCACCUCUCAGCCUGGCUAUCAGCCUCGCCCUGGCUAUACCCCACCCCCUGGAGCUACUGUAACCCCACCCCCUGGAGGAUCCAACCCAUAUGCCCGGAACCGCCCCCCUUAUGGUCAGGGUUACACCCAGCCGGGUCCAGGGUAUCGGUAAACCAAGCGAGCCUGGCAGGGAGUUAAUGGUAAAGUCCAUCAGUCGACCCUUACAGUCUGUUUCGGCUGGUCAGAGCUCCAGCCGGUUCCAUCUUAUCCAACGCAACAACAACCCCCCCCCCCCCCCCCCCC